AUGGACAUGAAAAGCGUCGGAUCUUUCUACUACGAUAACUUCGCCUUCCCCGGCAUGGUGCCGUAUAAACGACCCGCCGCGGACAAAGCAGGUGUUCCUGUCUACCAGCCCGCGACGACCUACCAGCAGCUGAUGCAGCUUCAGCAGCCGUUCGUGCCCGUGUCAUGUGAGUACCCCGCGCCCGCUACAUCCGCCCCGCCGACCGCGACGGCGCCCGCGCCGUCCGCUCAGCCAUCCGCUGCAUCCGUCCCCGUAUCAGUGUCCGCGGCUACACCGCAGCCCGCGGUCGCACCCCCAGCCGCAUCGUCGCCCGCGCCUGUGGGUGAUGCGGGUGCGCCUGACCCGGCUGCCGUUGCUAAAGAAGUGGCGCAGAAGAACUACGUAGCUGCACUGGCUUUCGCUGCCCAACACUCUGCAAUGGCACAGGCGGCGGCCGCAUAUACACAACAAGCUCUAAAAGCCCGAGCUGGACACGCAGGUGUGCCAGGUUACAUGCGUACGCCAUACAUGAUGCGGCCGGGUUGGCCCGCGCCGCCUAUGCCCAUGCCCUACUACCAACAGCCGUUCAUGUAUGCGAUGCCGCCGCCCACACCUCCCUCGGCCGCAGCGGCAGCGGCCGCGGCGGCUGCGGCGGCUGUCAACCCCUACAAAAAGAUGAAGACGACAUAG